AUGAAGGGUACUCUGCAAAAGCGCGGAAUCGAAAAGACCACUGUCCGCACACAAGUCCGCAAACGGACCAUACUGGCUUGCGAGGAGUGCCGGACUCGAAAGAGGCGCUGCGAUGGGGUUGUACCAGCUUGUGGGCUAUGCACCAAGCGUCAGUCCCAAUGCAUCUACUCUGCCGAGACUGAUGCGAGGGACUGGAAUCAAAGCAUGAUACAGUCGCUCAGAAAACGACUGCAGGAGUUGGAAAGGGCUGCGGAAAGGCAACAGCCUCGUGUCGGUGACUCUAGCCAUGCACAAGAGCAGUCACCAGGCGCCUGUGAGGCGACUCCGCAAACCCAGGCUUCGUACGACAAUGACACAGCCGGAUCACAAAGCGCAUCGGAUGCAAUUCAUCCUUUACAAGCGACAUAUGCCGCAGAAGACAUCGAGGGUAAGGAGGUCACGAGUGAAGAGGCGCACGAACCCAUAUUACCCCCUACUGGCAUCAACAACAAGCGACACUUGACACAAUGCACUGGGAUGUCUAUCUUCGAGAGGUUAAUGAAACCAAUCGGCAUUGCAAUCGAGCAAAGUCCCAACAUCUCCACCGUCAAUGCAGGAGCAGAUGGUACUCCAUCGUUCUCGCCAGAAGCAGGCUCUUCGGUACAAGAGCAAGCGCAUUGUGACUGCGAUCGUUUGCUAGAGACUACACGCUGGAAUCUUCCACUGCGGAGAAGAGCAGACCGUCUUGUAGCAGUCUACUUUGCCAGACACGCACGGAUGUUUCCUGUUCUCCACCGCCCUACCUUAAUGAAGCAAUAUGAGGCUCUGUGGCAAGCAAGGGCAGAUCCAGCAAAGGUAGGCCAGAAAUGCGUGAGCCUUUGUAGGCAGAAGAGCAGGGGCAAAUUAUUUCCCGCGACAUUGAACACAGUCUUCGCUCUUGGUGCAAUCUUCUCAUCCGGAUGCCCUGAACGCAACGCCACCUACAGUGCAGAGUUUUACCGGGAUGCCGAAGCUAUCGAUGUUCUCGUCCUGCUGAACGAAGAAGUCGGACUCGAGUUCGUCCAACUGGUUCUCAUCAUGGCUUUCUAUCUACAAAGUACAGAACGAUUUUCCAAGUGCUGGAACAUGGCUGGAUUGGCCCUGAGAAUGGCCCAGCAAAUGGGCCUGCGCUACAGUGUGACAGAAGCCCAGAAAAGAGGCUUGUUGGGUCCCUUCCCAACGCAGGUCGAAUGCGAGAUGCGCACACGCGUGUGGCAUGCCUGCAUCCUCCUGGAGACAGAGGUGUCCAUGUCAUUUGCGCAACCUUUAACGAUCCCCAACGGCGGGAAGCUGAUCGCAUCGCCCGAAGCGAUCGAUGACAGUCGCCUGAGCAAUGAGGUUGGCAAAUGGAACGUGCAACCCGGAAAUGUCCCAAGUUUGAUGGAGUAUUUUGUACAUGCAUUGAAGCUUCACGGGAUCCUUGGUCAAGUCCUCAACAGACAAGAAGCAAGAUCCGAGACGCGAGCUGAUACAGCCACCACUGUUCGAGCAAUCCUGAGUCUUGAUAGUGAAAUCGCGGAAUGGCGCGAUAAUCUACCUCCAUACCUCAGGUAUGAGCCCUCAUCAGUGAGCUUGGAUUCACUUCUGGAAGCCGAUGGGUCGAAGUCCACCGAGUCUGAAUUUGUUCUCGACUUUCCGGCACUGUCACGCAGAUUACACUGCAGAUAUCUCUGCGUUCGGCAGCUUGUCCUGCGGCCAGCGUUGGAUCUACUAUUCGAGAAGCAGCAAGCGGGGAAACGUCUUCCGGCCACAGAUCUAAACAUAGCGAGAGCGAGGCUCAACGACUCUAUGAUGAUUGAUAUAGCCGAACAAUGCGUAUUGAUGGCUGUUGAGCUAGUCGAGUUUUUAGCAGCACAAAUACAGACGGAACACUUCGUCUGCUGGUGGUAUAAUAUUCAUUACCUUUAUACUUCUGGAAGUACAAUCUUGUUAGGCCGUCUAUGCACCUUCUUCAACAGAAAUUUACCACCAGAUUUGCUUCCCUCUAGCUGGGAGCUGUGUCUACACUACCUGAGUCGCUAUGAAAAACUCAGCAUCGUGGCUGAGAAAUCCUCUCAACUACUAAAAGAAAGUGCAAGGCGUGUCUCACAAUUGGGAAUCGCCUCUCUCGACGAGCAUCAUGGGUCUGCCACAGAGAAGACAACGAACAACACCUGGAAAAUCACUGCGCAAGCUGAUCACGAGACGACUGAAUUUGCUACCCAGACAUCUCAACCCUCUACGGCAGAUGAGGUCUCAAACAGACUUCUCGGAAGUGACACUUCCUUCCAGCUACCGAGCGAUUUUGGUUACCAUUCGAUUGAACUCCACGAUUCAGACUUCCAGCUCCCAACUUUUGUAGGCUAUGAUGCACGAAAUGGUGCGCCCAUUUCGUGUCCAUCGUGGGCCUUCUUACCGCCCACCUCUCCGCUCGGAAGAUACCCUCUGCAAACAGAAGGGUGGAAUUUCAUGUGA